CUCGUGCAUAGUGAUCAGUCCCAGACCUCUCGUGAGUACGCUGCUUCCCCAGGGCUCCUCCAGAAGCUGCCUGCGUUUUCCAUACGAACUUCCCAAGGACCCAGAACGCAAGCAAGAGAGAGAGAGAAAGAGAUACAGAGAGAGCGCGAGAGAGGGAGGGAGAGAGAGAGAGAGCAAGAGAGAGUGAGAGAAACCCAUUACAAGUCAAGUCCAACAACUGGCAGAACUUCAUUUUCUUCAAUCAGCACAUCUCAUCCCCACAGCUCUUCUUUAACAAGAAGGAUUACCUUAUUUUUCUUGCUUUACUUUGAUUGCAAUAGUUUAGAUCUUUUUUUUUUUUUUCUUUUUUUUUUUUUUUUUACAAACUUCUGUCAGACUUAUCACAUCCACAGGUAGACAGCAGAGCUAACGCUGAACGUCAGUUGGACGGAUUUUUUAUUUAUUUUUUUAACAAAGAGGAACUUUUGAAAACUUAUUUUCUCCCCCUUUUUGUUCCAUUUUCAUUUUCGCUUGAAUUUCGGUGCUAGUCAGCCGGACUGCUGCGGCCAGUCUGACUUGCUCCUCCAACCUUCCUCCAGAAUUUGCUGUCUGCACUCCCAGGAUGUCUCUACUGCCAGCUGUGAGCGGGGCCCUGCUGCUCCUGGCUCACUGCUGCUCCCUCGCUGCCAUGGUCACAUCGGGCACACUGGCAGCAAGCAGCCAUGCGCUGCCACCCUCGCUGUCUGAGCAGGAUGUCCUGUCGGCAGGAUGCCCGUCCUGUGCCUUGUCCCGCAUGCGGAGAGGUAGCCAGGCUGACGAGGAGGAGACACAGAGGGAUGUGGUGGAGGCGGUGAAGACGCACAUCUUGAGCAUGCUGCACCUGCAGGCACGACCCAACAUCACGCACCCUGUGCCCCGAGCCGCCCUGCUCAACGCCAUCCGCAAGGUGCAUGUGGGGCGCGUGGCCAAGGAUGGUAGCGUCCUGAUUGACAACGAGCCUCACGGCCGCACCAACGCCGAGAGCUCAGAGCAAGCCGAAAUCAUCACCUUCGCUGAAGCUGGUGAAGCUACUGGACUGAUAAGCUUCCUCAUCUCCAAGGAGAGUGACCAGAUGUCUCUGGUGGAGCAGGCCAAUGUAUGGCUUUUCCUGCGGUUGCCAAAGGGGAACCGCACUCGGACCACCGUCACCAUCCAUCUGCUGCUGCAGGGGCCGGGCUCUGAGGAGCAGCUACUGGCCGAGAAAGCUGUGGACACACGUCGCAGUGGCUGGCACACGUUCCCAGUGGUGGCCAGUAUGCAGGCCCUGCUGGAGCGUGGCGGGAGCGUACUGAACCUGCGAGUCUCCUGUCCCCUGUGCGCUGACGCCCGUGCCACGCCCAUCCUGGUGACCCCAGGUGGCGGGGAGCGCGAGCAGUCACACCGGCCCUUCCUGAUGGCUGUGAUUCGGCGAGCAGAGGAGCAGGGCAUGCAGCGGAGACGCAAGCGUGGCUUGGAGUGCGACGGCAAGGUGCGCGUGUGCUGCAAGCGCCAGUUCUACGUUAACUUCAAGGACAUCGGCUGGAACGACUGGAUCAUCGCGCCAUCCGGUUACCACGCCAACUACUGCGAGGGCGAGUGCCCGAGUCAUGUGGCCAGCAUCACCGGCUCCGCCCUCUCCUUUCACUCCACUGUCAUCAACCACUACCGCAUGCGGGGAUACAGCCCGUUCACCAGCAUCAAGUCGUGCUGCGUUCCCACGCGCCUCCGCGCCAUGUCGAUGCUCUACUACAACGAGGAGCAGAAGAUCGUCAAAAAGGACAUUCAGAACAUGAUCGUAGAGGAGUGUGGCUGCUCGUAAGACGGUAUUUAAGGCUAAAACUAGAGCAGGGA